GCUAAUCUUCUAUCAAGGCAAGUGGGACUGAGUUGCAAUAAAGACAAAGUGGACAUCUAUCGUCAGAGGAUCAUCAGAGAGCUUACAAUGCUAUGUGAGAAUGGGGCCCAAAUCCUAAACCAGUUACACUGCCUGUUUGAGCAACAGGACCCCUCUUUGGCCCUUGCUGUGCAACCAAAGGCACUACAAGUGAAUGUUAGUGAUGAAACACUCUCCCAAAUGGAUUACAAUGCCAUCAAGUACUUUCUCAACCUUACAAAGGGCAAUAUAUCAGAGCUGGAUCUGACAGGGACGGGAGUAAGCUGUGAGGCACUUAGAGACAUGCAGCCCCUGCUGCUCAGAUGUAACAGACUUUGGUGAGUUCCAGGCUUGGAGAAAACAACCUCAAUAUGGACACAGCUCAGGUCAUUGCUGAUGUGCUGCGGGUGUCAGAAAGUAUAACCCACCUUGGACUUGGGUGGUCCGACAUCGGUGAUGAUGAACUGCUGGCUCUCUCUAGUGCCAUACGUGUGAAAAAAAAGCUUCAAGAGUUGUGGAUGGAGGGAAACCGAGUGAGCUACAAAGGUCUGCUGUCACUCAGGGACUUGACCCCAAACCCUUUGAAAACAGUUGUAGCCAUAUGGAAUAACCUGACUGACACAGACCCGGAGUCCUUAUGCACCCAAGAAAGCAUAACUGUGAGCUUCACAGAUGACGAUAUGUGGGCAGCGUGGGGGGAAUGGGUCUUCAAAAGGUGUGAGGUCAGCAGCAACGAUAAGUUAGUGACCGUACUCCACAAAGUUUGCAACAUAUCAGUCCAUUGCUUAGAAGCCCAGUGGGCAAAGACUUUCUACAAGCAACUGUUACAGCUCAUCAAGCACAGGAUUGAGUGCUGCACUGAGGACGACAUGUGCAAGAAGCUCAAAAAGUUUGAGAGAAUUUUGAACCUCUGACAGAAAGAGGAUUACACUGUCCUCGAGUUAUAAGCUAGAAAAUGGAGAUCAAAUGUCUGUUUGAUGCUGAGUACUUAGUCUGUAACACAUUAAUUGUGGAGGACGAAAAUGGUUAAUAAAACUCGUUGGCCAGUACGGGGAUCGAACCCGCGACCUUGGCGUUAUUAGCACCACGCUCUAACCAACUGAGCUAACCGGCCACGUAAAGCUUUGUCACAUGAAAUAUGUUUUGUCUGUACAACACGGAUUUUGUGCAUGAGCUUUAAGUAUUCUACGUAAUAAGCUGUCCGGAUAAAACUUUUCUAUUGUUCCGUUACUUUCUCUCUUAACAUACUACCUCUUGACCAACAACAAGGCUCUUCUCUCACACUCCCGCAUAACACAGAGCUAGAUAACACGAAAAGAUACACGGUUAAAAAGAAUGAUGAAAAUAUGCCUCAGACUAUGUUGGCUAAACGUUAACGUUACUGUAAAAGGCUCAUAAAACUACAUGUUGAGUAGAGCUCUGAUGUGGUGUUUUUUAUCUUCCAAAUAAAAGCGCAAACCAUGUCACAUGCAAGCGAAACUAUUAAUGUUACACUACGCUGACUAUUUCUAAUAACCUAUUUAUUUAUUUAUUUUAUUUAUAAAGGCACUUAAUUACCGUAUAUAUGUUUCGUAUUUAGCUAUUUUAAUUUCGAAUGUCAGUGCGUCUCGUGUGUUCCGUUGUUAUAUAUAUGGAAUGUACUAUUUAAUUUAAAAAAACAUUGUGAUCAGAUGUAUUGUAAC